GUAGAAGGGAAGAAGGGAUCAUCAACAAUUCAAUGCACCUGAGGAAAAGUUCAUUGCUACAAACGUGUGUGCGCGCGGGUUGUGAGGUGAAAAAUGGUGGUCAAAACAAGUUUGUUGAAGGUUUUUGGAGGAAAAAACAACACAGCCAAGUGCGCAAUUUGUGAUCAACCCACGAAAAACUAGCAUUCAAGCCGGAAAAUGACACUUAAAGUGGGGAAUCCAUCGCCAAAUCAACGCAACUUUAAGGAAACCAUGAAACCAUAAUACCGCGUGUCUGUGUGGCAAACCGUUAAUAUCGAGCACCGUCGAGGGCGGGCUUCAAAUUUGACCACUGGGGAAAAAAACCAGAACAACCUUGAAAACGGGUACCAAAACGACGCGCCCCUCGCUCUCUCGUAUCAAGCAAACCCGCAGUCCAGUAUGGAGCAAUGCAAUAACGAUCGUCCGUGCGUGAUCAGCAGCGGGAACUUCUUCCCGUCGUCCCAGAACAAUAACAACAACAAGCAAAAGCAGCACCAGCACCCGCAGCACAUCUCGUCCGUGCAGCACUCGCCACCGCCGAUCAGCAAGCACCUGACCCAGAAGCAUGACCCGAACCUGCACAGUCCGUCGGCCGUGGGCGUGGAUCAGUCCUCGCUCGGCGAGAUCGAGGUCAUUCUGGUGCAGCAGCACAAGCAGGACGCCCUGUCGGUGAUCAUCCACCCGCAGGAGGGCAUGCAGCAGAUCACGUCCAUGUGCCUGAGCGGUUCCGGCAACCCGGGCUCGGUGGACUCGAUCAUGUCCGCCGCGGACUUCCAGACGCUGUCGCCGAUGCACGAUCGGGACUCGCCGGUCAGCAUCAGCGGGGGAAACACGUCGUACGCGACGUUGACCCCGUUGCAGCCGCUUCCGCCGAUCUCGACCAUGUCGGACAAAUUUGCGUACUCGAUCGGGGGCAAUAUUUGCGAGGCAUUCCCGGGGAUGACCAACAGUUCGGUGGGGGUCAACAUCGAGAUCAACUCGUGCUACAAUCUGGAGAAGCUGGGCGUGAUUCACUCGCCGGUGCACAUCAACUCGGUGCAGGAACUAUCGCCGAGUGAUCACCACCACGGUCAUCAUGGCCACCACGGGGAUAGUCCCGGUCCGGUGGACAAGGACGUGGACGUGGUGGACGGCAGUGUUGGUAUCGUUGGCAAAAACGACUGCAUUCUGGUGCGUGCCUCUCCGAUUCCCUCGAAUCUCAGCUCGGUGGACGAUCGCUUCCUGACGUCGGUGGCGUCCUCACCGCCCAAAUCCGGAUCGGACCAUCACCACCGGCACCAGCACCAGCAACACCAGCAGAAGCACCACAACCAGCAGCAACACCAGCAACAGCAACAGAUCGACGUCGUGGUCGAUCCGGUGGACCAGUUCACCAGCACAGUGCAAUAUCUGGAUCAGCCGAGCGGCUCGGACGUGAUCCACGGCUCCGUCGUCGAUUCCGUCGUCAAGGACCACCACGGCACGGCCGUUUUUCUCAACAAGUCUUUCAGUUCAAAAGCAAACAUAAGCGACCUUAAUCUGUGUAAAGAAAUUGUUAUAGAUGAUGUUUACGAAGAGUCCGAGCUGGAUCACGUCAAGCUCGAGGAGAAAAAGCUGGAAGAUUCGCUCGGCGUCACGCUCGGAGUCGGCGGUCAUCACAAGUCGUCCUCCUCGUCUUCGGCGCUCAGUGAAGUCGGCUGCAUGAACGGGCUCGGCGGCGGCAGCUCGAGCGGUGGCGACGGCGAAGAGAUCAACACCAAAGAGCUCGCCCAUCGGAUCAGUUCCGAGCUGAAACGGUACAGCAUCCCGCAGGCCAUCUUUGCGCAACGCGUCCUCUGUCGCUCCCAGGGCACGCUGUCCGACCUGCUGCGCAACCCGAAACCGUGGUCCAAGCUCAAGUCCGGCCGGGAAACGUUCCGGCGCAUGUACAAAUGGAUCCAGGAGCCCGAGUACCAGCGGAUGUCCGCGCUCCGUCUGGCAGCAACCCAAUCGGCGAAACCAGCGGUGAACGCCAAGAAGCACGAGGAACCGGAGCCGAACGUCAUGACGAUGGGCCACUCCAAGAAGCCCCGGCUCGUGUUUACCGAUCUGCAGCGGAGGACACUUCAGGCGAUAUUCAAAGCGCAGGAAACUAAGAGACCUUCGAAGGAGAUGCAGGUGACGAUCGCCCGGCAGCUGGGCCUGGAACCGACCACGGUGGGCAACUUUUUCAUGAACGCCCGGCGCCGCUCGAUGGACAAGUGGAAGGACGACGCCAUGAAGCGGAACGGCGGAGCAGGAGGAGGAGGGGGAGGGGGUGGGGGAAGUGGCCUCAGCGGACUGGGGAUGAUGAGCGGAGUGGGCGGGGCCAGCAACAGUAGCAACAGCAACGAUAACCUUAUCCUGGAGCACCUGAAGGACGACUCGGAGGACGAGGGGCUGUACGAUGGGUCGUUUGCGUCCGACGGGGGACCCAUGGAACACAACUAUCAGCAGCACGUUCUCAACUGAGGAGGAAGUAAACAAAAAAGAAAAACAAGCAAACAAGUAAUCUAAUUUAGCAAAGAGGCAAAGAAAACAUUAAAAAGAAAAGACACACAAAGCAAAAAAAAACAAUGGAAAGUGCAAGAACUUAAAUUAAUUCACACGCGAAAAGAGAAGAAGAAGAAAAACCUUGUGGAAAUGCAAGCGCUAGUUAAAUAAAACAAACAAAAAAACACAACACAAUAUGAGAAACACAUUUAGUAGGAUUAAUCAGAGUACUAAAGGGCAACAACAUAAAACAAAA